AUGGUGCGCCGUCUAGCAUCACAGGUACACCAGCAGGUUUCACGGUUAAUGCGCGGCGAAGUGGUCAAAGAGCCUGCAUGGUAUGCUGCCGUCCUCGACAACCCACCACUCCCUCUUCCUCCCAAAGCCCCUCCAAAUCGCGUUGCUUUCGAUUUAAAGCAACAGACCACUUCAGCUAGGUCAAAACCUAAGGCAAAACCCUAUGGUCCCAAGCCUUUUCCCGUUUACUAUCUAGAAGACGACAUUCGCAGACAGUUUUUCAGGGACCACCCAUUCGAAGUUUUUCGACCGGUGACACUUGCGGAAGGACAGGGUAUAGAGGCAGAUCAUCCUGUCACCGGCACUGAGUGGACUAGGCUGAGACAAAGAGGAAGAAAUCCAUCUCCAGAUGAUGCGAUACAAUUCACGUUGAAUCUUCACCAACAUCAUAAUAUACCACUGUCAUAUGCUUAUGCUCGCGCCAUCGCUCAGUUUCGCGCGCUCCGCUCAGAGCGUCAUAUUGCUAUGACCAUGGCUAUUCAUGAGGCAGACAACCUGGGUGCCGUCUGGCAAAACUCAGAAAUCGCACAUGGUUUCCAGAAAGAGAUCAAGAGUCUGGCUUCCUGGGAGAGACAGUCGGAGCUAGACGAGGGGGCAAUGGCUGCCAGAAAGCGUUGGCGGUCUAUCGCUUUGGAGCAUACCGAGGAUAGGGAAUGGUCAAAGGGUCAGGAGUACGUCAGGCUAUGGAAGGAGGGCAUUACUCCACGAUAUGCACCUGCUUUGACUGAACCAGUCAAGCCGGCUGUACUAGAAGAUCCAGAAAAGAACGUGGAUACGUUUGGGUUAAGAACAAAACCUGCUGUGGUGCCUAGAUAA